UUCUGAAUGCUCCGCGAUCGGUUGCACUUCAAAACGACUCCGAAUAUUUGUACUACACCGACCCUUCUGGAGCGCGCUGUCGAAUCUUCAAGAAACGCGUGUAAGUCGCGUAAAGUGAUUUACAGCCGUCAAGAUGGCUCCUCGAUCUCGAGCUGCCGCGGUUGACACCGACGCGUCAAUGUCUGACGCUGCGGAUGCCCAUCCUGUGGAAGAGAUGGAAGUCGAUGAGACACCCGACUACACCGACUCAGACACCAAUGCGAAUACCACUGCUAGCAGUGUCGUCGGAGAGCCCCUCGGAGAUGGUCGUAGAAAGCGAUCUGAGGCCAAUCAGCUGCGUCGCAGCAUCUUUGGCAAGAAGCACGACAGACUGGGCGAGUCAAAGGAAGAAGACAGUAUCCGCCGAUUCCGAUACUUGUUGGGUCUUACGGACCUUUUCCGUCACUUCAUCGAGACGAACCCCAACCCCAAGAUUCGCGAAAUCAUGACCGAGAUCGAUCGACAAAACGCCGAGGCAUCAAAAUCCAAGAAGAAGGGCUCCCGCCAAGGUGGCGCCAGUAACGAGCGAGUACGCCGGACCGAAGCUGAGGAGGAUGCAGAACUGCUCCGUGACGAGAAGCACGGUGGUUCCGCCGAGACGGUUUUCCGCGACUCGCCCGCUUUCGUUCAAGGUCAGAUGAGAGACUACCAGAUUGCUGGUCUCAACUGGCUUAUCUCUCUUCAUGAGAAUGGUAUCUCUGGUAUCCUCGCCGACGAGAUGGGUCUCGGAAAGACUCUGCAAACAAUUUCCUUCCUGGGCUACCUCAGACACAUCAUGGACAUUACCGGACCGCACAUUGUCAUAGUACCCAAAUCGACUCUGGAUAACUGGAAGCGAGAAUUCGAGAGGUGGACUCCUGAGGUCAACGUGCUGGUGCUUCAGGGUGCUAAGGACGAGCGCCAGGCGCUCAUCAAUGAUCGUCUGGUCAACGAGGACUUUGAUGUCUGUAUCACGAGUUACGAGAUGGUUCUGCGUGAGAAGAAUCACCUGAAGAAGUUUGCAUGGGAGUACAUCAUCAUCGACGAGGCGCAUCGUAUCAAGAAUGAAGAAUCGUCUUUGGCGCAGGUCAUCCGUCUCUUCAACUCCCGAAACCGACUCCUCAUUACCGGUACACCUCUUCAGAACAACCUGCACGAGUUGUGGGCUCUGCUCAACUUCUUGUUGCCCGACGUCUUCGGCGACUCCGAGGCUUUCGACCAGUGGUUCUCCGGCCGAGAACAGGACCAGGACACCGUCGUUCAGCAGCUUCAUCGUGUUCUCAGACCAUUCCUGCUUCGACGUGUCAAGGCCGACGUGGAGAAGAGCUUGCUGCCGAAGAAGGAGGUCAACGUCUACCUUGGCAUGUCAGACAUGCAGAUCAAGUGGUAUCAGAAGAUUCUCGAGAAGGACAUUGACGCUGUCAACGGCGCCAACGGCAAGCGGGAGUCGAAGACCAGACUGCUCAACAUUGUGAUGCAGCUGCGCAAGUGCUGUAACCACCCUUACCUGUUUGAGGGUGCUGAGCCGGGACCGCCCUACACCACUGAUGAGCAUCUUGUUUACAACGCUGGAAAGAUGGCUGUUCUCGACAAGCUCCUGGCCAGAAUGCAGAAGCAGGGAAGCAGAGUUCUCAUCUUCUCACAGAUGAGUCGUCUCUUGGAUAUCCUUGAGGACUACUGUGUAUUCAGAGAGUAUAAGUACUGCCGUAUUGACGGCGGAACAGCUCACGAGGAUCGUAUCGCUGCCAUUGACGAGUACAACAAGCCCGGUUCUGAGAAGUUUAUCUUCCUGCUUACGACCAGAGCUGGUGGCUUGGGUAUCAAUCUCACCACUGCUGAUAUUGUCGUUCUCUACGACAGCGAUUGGAACCCUCAGGCCGAUUUGCAGGCCAUGGAUCGAGCUCAUCGUAUCGGUCAGACCAAGCAAGUCGUGGUGUACCGUUUUGUGACGGACAAUGCCAUCGAAGAAAAGGUUCUGGAGAGAGCGGCGCAGAAGCUGCGUCUCGACCAGCUGGUCAUCCAGCAAGGCCGCGCUCAAGUCGCAGCAAAGGCUGCCAACAACAAAGAUGAGCUUCUCUCCAUGAUUCAGCAUGGCGCCGAGAAGGUGUUCCAGAGCAAGAGUGCCGGUGGCACGCUGGCUUCCAAGGGUACCGAUUUGGACGACGACGAUAUUGACAAGAUUCUUUCUUCUGGUGAAUCAAGAACAAAGGAGCUAAAUGCCAAGUACGAGAAGCUUGGAAUCGACGACUUGCAGAACUUCACAUCCGAGUCUGCCUACACCUGGAAUGGUGAAGAUUUCAAGACGAACAAGAAGGAAAUUGGCAUGAACUGGAUCAAUCCCGCCAAGCGUGAGCGAAAGGAGCAGUCCUAUUCCAUGGACAAGUAUUUCCGACAGGCCAUGUACCCUCCGAAGGAGAAGGACACAAAGCCGAAGGCACCCAGAGCUCCGAAGCAAGUGCCUGUCCACGACUAUCAAUUCUACCCGCCAAGAUUGCGCGACCUUCAGGACCGAGAGACUGCUUACUACCGCAAGGAGAUUGGGUACAAGGUGCCGCUGUCUGACGGUGACGACGAAAACCUUGACGAGCGCGAGGCGGAGCGAGCCUUGGAUCAACAGGAGAUCGACGAGGCUACCCCUCUCAACGAGGAGGAGCUGGAAGAGAAGCAGCGUUUGUCGCAGCAAGGUUUCGGAGAGUGGAACAGACGUGACUUCCAACAAUUCAUCAACGCCUCGGGCCGCUAUGGUCGCAACGACUACGCGAACAUUGCCGAAGACAUUGACAACAAGACUGCAUCUGAAGUCAAGCAGUAUGCCAAGGUUUUCUGGCAGCGGUACACGGAGAUUGCCGACUACAACAAGUAUAUCAAGGUGAUUGAAGACGGCGAGGAGCGUAUGCGCAAGAUUGAGCAUCAGAGGAAGCUGCUCCGCAAGAAGAUGUCGCAAUACCGCGUUCCCCUGCAGCAGCUUAAGAUCAACUACUCCGUCUCUACCACGAACAAGAAGGUAUACACCGAGGAGGAAGAUCGAUUCCUGCUGGUCCUCCUCGAUAAGUACGGCAUCGACUCUGCUGGACUGUACGAGAAGAUGCGCGACGACAUUGCGGAGAGCCCUUUGUUCCGAUUCGACUGGUUCUUCCUUAGCAGGACACCGGUCGAGCUGAGCCGUCGCUGCACCACCCUGCUCACCACCAUUGUCAAGGAGUUUGAGGAUGUUCACCCGACCAAGGCUGCCAAUGGCGUCAACGGCAAGCUCAAGAGAGAGGCCGAGGAUGAGGAGAAUGACGAGGAUAGUAUUCUCGGCAUGGCCCCUUCGAAGAAGAAGACCAAGAACGGCGUCAAGGUGAGCGCUAGACUGGACUAAUGAGUGAAUUCGGCUAACCAGACAUGCAGAAUAAGGCGCUCGACAACGUCAAGUCGGAGGUUGGAAGCAAGAACACAUCCGCUGCGCCCUCGAGAGCAUCAAGUGUCGCCUCGAACAAGUCUGCCACCAACGCCAAGAGCAAAACCAAGGGCAAGAAGAAAUAGAGGCGGGCGAGGGAGGCUACAUGAGCAAGUUCAAAAUUAGUCUUUGGGUUGGGGAUAAUGGCUUUUUAUGGCAGUGGCUACGAUAGAUGGAGGCGUUUGGUCAGGCAUAACAUUUGGUCAGUUAUGUGGUAAGGAACCCUCUUUGUAUGACUUUCGCAGUAGAGGGAAACAUGCCGUCUAGUGUUGGGCAUCAUUAGUCCGAACAAGACGAGAAUAAAAUGAAA